AUGAGCAACACCACUAUCACCGCAGACUCCCAUCACCAUGACAUUCAUGUGGCCCAUGGCAUUCUAAUGCUGAUGGCGUGGGCCGUGCUCAUUCCAUGCUCCGUCGCAUGCUCCAUGUUGCUGCGACGCGACGAUUCGCUUCUAUUUUUCAGAGUCCAUUACAUCCUGGCAGGAUUGGGAGUUUUGCUAGCCAUCAUUGCAUGGAUCUUGGUGGCGCAUUCUUCCUCGACGCACCAGGCACAUCCAAUCAUGGGAACGUGUGUCAUGUCCAUCACCAUUGCCAUCAUCUUGCUCUAUCCAGUCAUGGGUAAACCAUCUCUGCCGAGAAACCCCAAGCAACAAAUUGUCGUGUUGCUCCACAAGGGGUUGGGGAGUCUUCUAUUUGUAAUGGCAGUCGUUACGUUUGUAUUAGGCAUUUGGAGAAAGGCAAAUGCAGUGAUUUGGUACGGUGGAUUGGGCGCUGCCUGUUUGAUUACCUUGGGAGUUACAGGUGUGCUCCGACAAAAGCAAACCCAACAACAACCAGCUAGUGUGGGCGAAACGCAAAGUCUGUUGCCUAGAAACUCAGCCUGA